AUGCAAUCAAAGUUGUUAAAAAGCAAGCUUGCCCAACUAACAACCCUUGUUGUUUUGGUCAUCUUUUUAAUGACCCAAACUCUCGCUCAAGGAAGCAGCGAUAAGGCCCUAGGUUGCACUCUCAAUAGAAAUGGUGACUGUAGUGUUGUGUCUUAUCUUGAUGAGUUGGCCCUUUCCUAUGAUCCCAAGGAAAUACCAAAAUAUCGUUCUUCAACAGGCAGCAAGUCCAUCAAGUGUAGCACAGUUUCUGGCUAUUACUCUAACCCAUUGUGUAAGGAGAGAUGGUACAGAAAGAUGCAAUACAGAAGAGUUGUUUUGGAACAAGGAGAGACUAGUAAGCCAACCACUACUACAACUCCCUCAACAACCAACACUCCUCUUGCGACCACUCCAACCAGUACAACACAAGGUAGUACUGCCUCCACAACAACCUCUACUCAAACACCAACAACUACUCCAAGCAGUCAAACAACCACUCCAACUCAAACCGCUCCAGUUGUUGUUACCGGUACUAAUUCUGUUCCAACAAUGAAUACUCAGUCUACUGAUAAAAAAACGAUUCUUGACUCAAAUACUGGAAAGGAACAACCAAAGACUGAUAGUGCCAACACUAUUACAACAAAGGAAGUUGAAAAGAAGGCUGGCGUUGCAGUUGUUACUCCAUCUGAUAAGAAAACUGCAGUUGAACUUCCAAAUCAAAAGCCAAUUAGUUCUGGUAAUGUUUUGAAGUGCAAGCUCAAUGUAGAUGGUGAUUGCAAUGUUUUGAAUGUCAAAUCUCUCAGCUAUGGUCCAAACGAACAACAAAAGUAUGCCAUUAAUUCAAAGCUCAGCUCUGGAAGAGAUCAUGUAUGUGGAUCUUUGGAUAGUUAUUACACUCAUCCUUUGUGCAAAGAACAAUGGUAUAGAAAGAUGGAUAUCCCUUCCAAGAGUGACACCAAGACUGAAGUCAAGCCAUCAUCCACUGCAAAUGACAGCAAGGCUUCUACAGCUGAUUCCAAGACUGAUAUUAAACCAGCAAUCUCUAAUGUUUCAAAUGAAUCCAAGAAACAAUCUGCAAAGGUUGACAAUGGUGUUGAAAAAACAAUGAUGUCUAGUUCAAGUGCUCAAAAUGCUAAUGGUAUUGAAAUUGUUACCCAGACUCAAACCUCAAAUAAGCAAGCUAUUGGCAAGAAAUCUGAAGACAAUAUUACUCCAAAGACAGACAUCCAAACUGCAGUCCCAAAUACUGGAGAUGAGAAGACUGAAUCAAAGACAGAACAACCAAAGAAGUCAGAAGAAAAGAAAACUGAAUCAAAGAAAGAAAAGUCUGACAACAAGGAAAAGAAAUCAGAUACCAAAUCUGAUAAGAAGGAUAACAAAUCCGACAAUAGGGGAAAGAAAUCAGAAAACAAGAAGGAUCUCAAGAAAGACACCAAAUAUGAUAAGAAGGCUAACAAGGGAAAGAAGUCAGAUACUAAGAAGGAUAAGACCAAGUCUGCUAAGAAGGAUACCAAGAAAUCACACAAGAAGAACGACCUCAAGAAGGGUACCAAAUCUGAUAAGAAGGACAACAAGAAGGAUAACAAGAACGUCAAACCAAUUAAUAAGCAAACCAAUAAGGAUAUCAAGAAGGACAACAAAUCUGAUAAGAAGGGGAAAGAAAUCAGAUACCAAGAAAGACAGCCAAAAAGAUCUGACAAUACAGACAUUAAGGGAAAGAAGUCAGAUAACAAGAAGGAUCUCAAGAAAGACACCAAAUCCGAUAAGAAGGUUAACAAGAAGGAUAACAAGAACGUCAAACCAAUUAAUAAGCAAACCAAUAAGGAUAUCAAGAAGGACAACAAAUCAGAUAAGAAGGAUACCAAAUCUGACAACAAGGACAACAAGGACAACAAGGGAAAGAAAUCAGAUACCAAGAAAGACACCAAAUCUGACAAUAAGGGAAAGAAAUCAGACAUCAAGAAAGACACCAAAUCUGAUAAGAAGGAUAAAAAAUCCGACAAUAAGGGAAAGAAAUCAGUUAACAAGAAGGAUCUCAAGAAGGACACCAAAUCUGAUAAGAAUGUUAACAAGAAGGAAAACAAGCCAAUCAAACCAAUUAACAAGCAAACCAAUAAUGAUAAAAAGUCUAAAGACAACAAGGGUACCAAUGCUAAUAAUUCUCAAUCAGUCAAACCAAUCAAGAAGGAUCUCAAGAAAGACACCAAGUCUGAUAAGAAGGAUAAAAAAUCCGACAAUAAGGGAAAGAAAUCAGAUAACAAGAAAGAUCUCAAGAAAGACACCAAAUCUGAUAAGAAGGCUAACAAGGGAAAGAAGUCAGAUACUAAGAAGGACAAAAAGCAAGUCAAUAAGGACACUAAAUCAGUCGAUCCAGUUAAGCCAGUCCAAAUUAAAUCUGAUAGUGUGGCAAAGGUAACAAAGUGCUCUACUUUGGAAGAACUUCUUGCCAAUCCAUACUGUACUGAAUUCACUGACGCUAAAGAAGGAAAGGAAGUUGAACCAUUAACUUCCGCUGAAUAUGGAGAAUUGGCUGAAGCUAUUGUAAGUGCAGAUCCAAUGUUGGCUGAAGAAAGCGAUCUUGAGAGAUUGGAUUCAAUUAUGGGAGAAAUUGGUGUACCAAGAAGCUCAUGUUCUACACCUGAAGAUGAAUCUCUUAAUCCAUUGUGUGGAGAGGAAUGGUACAGAAAAAUUGUUGAACAAAUCGCCAAUGCAAACUCUAAUGUUGUUAAUAAGGAACAAUCAACCCCUCCAACAGCACAACCAGCACAACCAACUGUGCAACCACCUGUGCAACCAAAUCCUCAACCAGGACAAGCUGCAAUCCAAACAAGCACUAACGUUUCUGGUAAUAUUGGAGUUGUUAACAUUGAAACAAGAAUUACAACUGGUUCUAAGAAAGAUAAGAAGCAUCACAAAAAGCCAAAGAAGGUAAAGAGAGGUAAGAAGAAAUGCACAUAUUGCAAGCUCAGAAAGCUUAUCAAGAGCAUUUCCAAGUCUCAAAAGAAGAAACCACACAAGAAACACCAAAAGAAGCAAUCCAAGUGUAGAAAAAAUUCUGGUAUUGUUGGUGCCCAACUUGUUGUUGGUUCUCCAGUUCUUAGCUCUCCAAUGCAACCAUUCUUUAUGGAAGAGGAAAGAAGAAGAAUGGAAUAUAUUCUCAGAGAAAAGCUCAUGAGAGAAGAAAUGGACAAGAAAAAGAACCAAAUAAGAGAAAAGUUUUUGGAAUUCUUGACAAAGGGAAAUUCAGCAAAGCAAGAAACACCAGCCGAUGUUGCCAACCAAAAGGAUUUGAACUUACAAAAGACUCCAAAGCAAUCUAUUCAAUCCAAUGCUAUUGUUUCAAACAAUUCUGUUGUAGUUGAAGACAAGAAAGUAAUAGCAGCCAAAAACUCCCUUGAAAGAGCAACAAAAAGAGAAAAGGAAAUCAAACAAAAUUUAGAAAAGGCUAGAAAUAGAUUUGAUCAAUCAAAGAAGAUUGUUUCCUCAAAGAGAGAAGAAUUAGAAUUGGCCAAGCAAAGAAAAUCCUCUAGCGUUAAAGACCUUGUAACCAAGAAGAGUAUUAUUGAAACAACAAUGGAAAGUUUAAAGACAAUACCACAACAAUAA